UCGAGUCAGUUGGCUUCCUGAAUUCGUUUCUCUUAACAAGUGAUUCGAGUCUUUGGUCGGGUUUAUCUGACUGUGAGUGAUUCGGUUGCUGCACAGUAGAAAUGAAACCAGACUCUGUCCUGCAAAGACAGGGAGGUGGGACUGCGCAUUGACCCCGAGUGCAGGGAGAGAGAGGUAGAAGUGUGUUUUGGUUUUGAAGGGCUGAUUAGUGACCUUCCCUGACGCAUUACAUGUGAUAUAAACACCGAGGGGAGAUCAGGAGAGGACACACCGUGCGUUGCACCCAGACAGAGAGGAAGAAGUUGGUGAAGUUUGCACAGGGACUGUUUGUUUCCAGGGUAUAGGACAGGCUGUGAACGAGCAGCCUGAGGGCUCGGUGCUGGGACUUCGGAUGGAUCUGACUGGGAAAGUGGCGCUAGUGACUGGAGCAGCUCAGGGAAUUGGCAGAUCGUUCACCGAGGCGCUGCUCAGACACGGAGCGAAGGUGGCUCUGCUGGAUUUGAACCUGAGCGCUGGUGAAGCCUGCAAGAAGGCAUUGGAUGGGGAAUUUGAUGCUGCUCGCAGUUUAUUCAUCGCAUGCAACGUGGGAGCAGAGGAAGAAUUAAAAUGUGCGUUUAAGAAGACGAUAGAUCUCUUUGGAAGUUUGGAUAUAGUGUGUAACAAUGCCGGAGUAAACAACGAGAACAACUGGGAGCAGACAAUUAAUAUUAAUUUGACCUCCGUGAUAAGAGGGACGUACAUAGCUCUGGAAUACAUGAGCAAGAAGAAUGGGGGUAAAGGAGGAGUUAUUGUGAACAUGGCAUCUUUAGCAGGUAUAUUCCCAGCUGCCCACGGACCAGUGUACACAGCCACAAAGCAUGGUGUAGUUGGAUUCACCAGGGCUAUAGCAGCAACCUCGAAGCUUUUGAACUAUGGAGUUCGGAUCAACACAAUUUGUCCGGCCUUUGUGGAUACUCCACUGCUGAAGUCCGUGAAUCAUGAGGAAGUGAUGGGGAGAUACUACAUAUUCAAGGAUGCUGUCAACAAGUUGGUUCAACACUAUGGGAUAUUGGAGCCAUCAUUAAUUGUUCAGGGGUUAAUGAAAAUUCUUCAGGAGGAGGAGCUGAAUGGCGCAGUCAUGAAGAUAACCAAAUCAAAAGGAAUCCACUUUGAGAUCUAUGAGACUGUGCUGAUGCAGCCAGAAGUGAAGUAGACCAUCUCCUUCCAAUCUUGCUAACAGAGUGUCUCUCAAAUUCACCUGCCCCUGAAGGACAAGAGCGGAAACUGAACCCUAGUAGCUGAAAACGCAUUUUGCACAAACCCUGAGCGACUUUAGAUAAAAGCAGGCACCAACUUGGAUGGUCUUUUGCUAUGGCCUGCAUAAAAUGUUUUAAUCUUUCUAGUCUUUAAAUUAUUUGAUUUAAUUAUAUUUUUGUAAUCAAAUGGAAUUCUGCUGUGUGAAAUAAUUGUCGGUAUUGUUGAACAAAUUACAACUUAAACUAGCAAUAAGAAGCUUGAACUUGCAAUGUUUUUCCACUUCCCAAGAUUUCUUUUACUGAAUGCGCUCUGGGAAUUCAUGAACCUCUCAAAUGAAUACCACCUUCAUCCACCUAUUCGAACCAGGACUCAAAUCCCCUCGGCAUCAAUCUGUAAAACUUUUUUUUAGCUGUGCAUUUUGGAUAGUUUGAAACCUGGGUGCACAUCAUUCCAGGACACAAAUGUUGAACAUAUACCUUAAUAUAUAACAAGCAAUGUUUUUCUAAUUUAUUAUCGACUUUCAAUGUUGCUUAAUAUUUUCAGUUUUCAAUGCUAAAUUUUAUCCCUAAGAAAUUAUACAGUCAGGAUAGAUGUUGAAAUUUAAAGAAUUUGAAGUCUGACCCCUGCUUGCAGUUUUAUUUGAUGUGAGGGGGCAAGGUGCAGGCAGCAGCUUGGUACUUAAACUAUUUGAAAGACACUAGCAGCCCCCAACAUGUCCAACUCUGGUUGACUGCAUUUUCCAGUCAUCAGCCACUGCAUAGCUUGAGGGUGGUGACAACAUCUCCAGGGAGAAAGUAAUGGCCUUUACAGCACUGCUUGUGGGCCCAAGGGGAACUAGAGUGCAUCCCCUAGCUUGUGGAUCAGACUUGUCAGCUCCUGCAUCCUCCCUGCCCACCUGCAAGUCAAACCUGUCAACCACACUGAAUUCUGAGUGGGUAAACCUGUCAAUGCCAAAAGACCCAUGUCUGGGAUUCCCAUUGGAAUCUCCUCACUUACCCAUGUUAAUAUCAAGAUCCCUUUCUCUAUGUCUAGAUGCGGUCUUGCCUAAAAUUUUUUAGUACAAUGGGCCCAAAAAUUUUCAGGAUCUAAUGACAGUUAGCUAUGAAAUGUUAUCCGCUUCACCUAGGUUGAUUUGUAUGUCACAAGAGGCGGGGCUUUUGUAAUUUAAGUCCCAUAUCCUUCAUAGAAACCAGGUCAAACUGGGAUCCAAUGAAGAUCAUUUAGCAUUUGUUGCCCUGCAUCCAAUUUACCCCCAUAUUAUUAAUGCAUUUUAAAUGACAAUUAGAGGCCGUGUUACGAUGUCAUUAAGUCAUUGAUGUAAUUUGAACAUCAAACCAAGUUUCUGAAGAAGGGCUCUGACCCGAAACAUCAACUUUCCUGCUCCUCUGAUGCUGCCUGGCCUGCUGUCUUCCUCCAGCUCCACACUGUUAUCUCUGACUCCAGCAUCGGCAGUUCUUACUAUCUCCAAACCAAGUGUUGUGCUUGCAGCAUAGCUAGCAGUAGAAGCAUUGCUCCUCUGGACCCAACCAGUGUAAGCUGAUGCCACCUGGAGUGUCUACUUUGUCCCAAAAGGGAGUUAAAACUCCAUAGUAGGAAAUAAACAUUAUACCCUACCAUCAUGAAAAUGGAAAUGAUGUGUGUAAUUGCCAAAAUGUGAUUUUCCCCUGUAGUUAACCCUGAAAAAUAUUUAUUGCCCAACUCUCAUUGCCCUCAAGAGUCAGCAUAGAGUUGGACUGGAGCCACAUGUAGAUUGGACCAGGCUCCCAUUCUUUGUGAAUCUAGAGACUAGGCAAAAGCAUCUAGUUUUCUUUUCAUUCGUUUAUGGUACAUGGAUAUUGCUGGUUGGCUAUACCAGUAUAUGUUGCCCAUCUCUAAUUGCCCAUGAGAAAAUUUCACUUAGUUGCUUUAUUGAACUAUGCUAGUCCACAUGGUGUAGGGACAAUCACAGUGAUAUUAGAAAGGGAGUUUCAGAUCGCUGACCCUGCGACACUGAAGGAACAGCAAUUAUAGUUUAGAUUCAAGAUGACGUGGGGCCUGGUGAGGAACUUGCAUCUGGUUCUUACCUCCCAUCAUGACAUUUUGACAAAUUGCCUUGUUUAUGAGUUUCUUAUACAUUGAUGGGCAAAGAUUUGUGAAGUCUAGCCUAAUACACAAACUUGCUUCAUGCAUUUGAAAACAGAUCAAAGCGAAGGCAUUUUCAUUUCUACCAAAGGAGUGAGAAAGGGCAUUUCUUGACAUAUCAUUGUAAUAAAAGCACAAAAACGUAUGUUCAGCAGUACCCUAGGACUCUGAGGGAGGAAACCGUGUAAAGGGAAAAGUAAAGAAGGCAAAUGUUUCCAUGUGGGUUCUAUCGGAGUUAAUCAGCUCCUGCUAUGCCCAUAAGGAAACACAACCCUGGGCACUGUUCUGAGCCUGGUAGGAAAGUCACCAUUGUUCAGGUUUCAGGCGAAAAUAGCAGAUCAGACUCAGAUGAUCUAAAGGAGGACUGUCCCUUGCAGCCUGAAAUUUAAAUUUCCAGUCAAUCUGAUCGACAAGGGAGUAGAAUAGGUGAAAAUCCACGGGUAGUCCACUCCAUUUGAAAUUUUUCCCCUGACCUGUUUUAUGCCGGGUAAACAAACAAUAUCAUGGUUUGACUUUUUGCAUCAUUCUCUGCCAAGGAUGAUGUGACCUAUGCACAAAGUAAACUAUCUUACUCAUUGAAAAGUGCUCUGAUUAAAACUCAUUAUCACUUUAGGUCAAGAAAUGAUAGAGCAUCACUUGUUAUCAAAGUCAGCUAAAGAUAAUUUAUUGCAAUGAGUGGUGCAUAUUCAUUAAAGGAGAAUGGACGUUGGCUUGACACCUUUACAAAUGGGACCAAGCCCAUGUCACCUAUUGAAAUUCCUUUUGCUCCCAUCGCCUAAGUUCCCAAUGCACUGUAUAGGAAAGAGAUGCAAGUAUGGGAUAGACUGGAGUCCAAUAACUGAGAGCCGGGGCCUGUGAAUGGGCUGGCACUUACUCAGUACUCACGCUGUGGACUCGAUGAAUUCUCAUAUGAGGUCAUAUGCUGUCCAUUUCCCAAGCAACCGUACAAAAUGUGGGAAUCAACAGGAAAGUCAAAUUGAGAUCAAAGUUUGGUCACAAACUUGCUGAGUGCUGGUAUUAUCUCCAGUGGCUGUAUAGCCUACUUGUUCUUAUUUAUUAUGUUCAAUGUUACAUCCAAUCCCACCUAAUUUCUCAAAGGGUAAUUAAAAUUAAAACUUCUGCCUUGAUCUGUAUGGAAAUUUUAAAAUACAGUAAAAUAUUCUAUUCAAAGAAUGAUGAGGCACUGGGAAUGACAAAAGCCUCACUAAUCUACAUUGGCAAGCCGCAGCCCCAAAAUAGCAUAACUUUCCUCGCAUUUAGGAGAAAAAAAUUUCAAAUCAAAAUGUUUUCUUUAUAAUAUGAUUGUACUAUUUCUACUGCUGUAAAUUUGUAUCAAUCAUGAAGCAUUAUUAAAGCAGCUUAUCACGCCCGUA